UCCCUUUACUACUCUGAGAGCUACUCGCUUGAUUUUGCUGCCGCUGCUGCUGCUUUGGCCAUUUUGCUCUGGAGGCAGCAAUGAGGUGGUAGCAACAAUAGCCACGAGAGGAGGCAACCUAGCAAGCAAUCAAAUCAAGGGCACAAAGCUCUAUUAUUGUUGCUAUAUUGUAGUUUUGCAAGCUUAUGCUCUUUUUGCAAGCGGUUUGGAGGGGUGCUGGCCUCGCUUUUGGGGUGGCAGGCGAAGGACGAGGGGGUGUGGACCCCCCGGCGUUGAAUAUCGCACCCAGGGCCGGCCCCCUAGCCCACCCGUCGCUGGAGCCAUGAGUUGGGGCACGGAGCUUUGGGAUCAAUUUGACAACCUUGAAAAACACACCCAGUGGGGGAUCGACGUUCUGGAAAAGUACAUCAAAUUUGUGAAAGAGAGGACGGAGAUUGAGAUCAACUAUGCAAAGCAACUUAGGAACCUUUCAAAAAAAUACCAACCCAAAAAGAACUCCAAAGAAGAAGAUGAGUACAAGUAUUCGUCCUGCCAGGCCUUCUUAGCCACUUUGAAUGAGAUGAACGACUACGCAGGACAGCAUGAGGUCGUUUCGGAGAACAUGACCUCCCAGAUCACCGCCGAACUGGCCCGCUACGUCCAGGAGUUGAAACAGGAGAGGAAAAUGCACUUUCAUGACGGCAGAAAAGCUCAGCAGCACAUCGAAACUUGCUGGAAGCAGCUUGAAUCGAGUAAAAGAAGAUUUGAAAGGGACUGCAAAGAAGCGGACAGGGCACAGCAGUAUUUCGAAAAGAUGGACGCCGAUAUCAAUGUAACAAAAGCAGACGUCGAAAAGGCACGGCAGCAAGCUCAGCUCCGCCAUCAGAUGGCUGAAGAGAGCAAAGCGGAAUACUCCUCCACAUUACAGAGAUUCAACCAUGAGCAGCAUGACCAUUAUCAUACCCACAUCCCUAACAUCUUCCAGAAAAUUCAAGAAAUGGAGGAGCGGAGGAUAAUCAGGAUAGGCGAAUCCAUGAAGACCUUUGCGGAGGUGGACCGGCAGGUGAUCCCUAUCAUUGGGAAAUGCCUGGAUGAGAUAACAAAAGCAGCUGAAUCCAUUGAUCAGAAGCAUGAUUCCAAGUUGGUGGUAGAAGCCUUCAAAUCUGGGUUCGAGCCUCCAGGUGAUGUCGAUUUUGAGGACUUCACCCAGCCAAUCAAGCGCACCGUCUCUGACUCCAGCCUUACAAACUCCAAAGAUGGGAAGCCGGAGUCCAGAUUCAGCAGCAAAUCCAAGGGCAAAUUGUGGCCGUUCAUCAAGAAAAACAAGUUUAUGUCCCUUUUAACAUCCCCCCAUCAGCCCCCUCCUCCGCCCCCUUCUUCUUCUGCCUCACCUUCCGCUGUUCCUAAUGGCCCCCAGUCUCCCAAGCAGCAAAAGGAGCCCCUCUCCCACCGCUUCAACGAGUUCAUGACCUCCAAACCCAAAAUCCACUGCUUCCGGAGCCUAAAACGCGGGCUUUCUCUCAAGCUGAUAACUCUGAAUAUGCAGGUCUGGAAUCUAAUGGAGGGUGGCGGACCAGAGGACUUCAGCAAUCUGCCCCCUGAGCAAAGAAGAAAGAAGCUGCAGCAAAAGGUGGACGAGCUGAACAGGGACAUCCAAAAGGAAAUGGAUCAAAGAGAUGCCUUAACGAAAAUGAAAGACGUCUACAUCAAGAACCCGCAGAUGGGAGACGCAGCCAGUGUGGAUCUCAAGCUGGCCGAGCUGGCCCAAAACCUGGAGAAGCUGCGUCUGGAAGCCCAGAAAUUUGAGGGCUGGCUAGCUGAGGUAGAAGGCCGGUUGCCUGCACGUACUGAGCCAGCACGCCGCCAGAGCGGGAUGUAUGAGCCUCAGAACACCUUGACUGUCAACAACUGCGCCCAGGAUCGUGAGAGCAGUCCAGAUGGCAGUUACACAGAGGAGCCGAGCCAGGAAAGUGAGGUGAAAGUGCCGGCACCGGAGUUUGACGAUGAGUUUGACGAUGAGGAACCGCUUCCCACGAUCGGGACGUGCAAAGCUCUGUAUACCUUUGAAGGUCAGAACGAAGGGACGAUCUCAGUCUCUGAAGGAGAAACGCUGUUCGUCAUCGAGGAGGACAAAGGCGAUGGCUGGACGCGAAUCCGGAGGAACGAGGACGAGGAAGGUUAUGUCCCAACCUCCUACGUCGAAGUCUUUUUGGAAAAGAAUGCCAAAGGUGCAAUGACUUACAUUUAGCUCGCCUGCCUGGGUCGCUUUCUUUGCUUCCGCAGGGGCUGCCGCGGGCGCUUUUCCUCCGCUGCUGUGACGAAAGCCUUUUUGCACCAGGAAAGUGCAUUACUCCCUAUUCCGAAAGGAGCAGACUUGUGCUUCUCCAAGAACUAUGAAAGCUUGGUCAGAUGAGCGGGUGUCACAGGGAGAGAGGGGGGAGAGAGAGAGAAAAAGUAUGGGUGAUAAUAGUGGGAUAUGCCCCCCCUCCUCAAAACUUUCCUGACACAAGAGUUGAAAUCGCUCAGAGUUUCGCUCCCUCAAGGCACAGAAUGCACGGCUAAUUAUAGCAGACAGUCCCUUGCACUUCUACUUGAGAGUACGCAUCAUUGUUUGUUUAUUGGGGCUUACUCCCUAGUAGGCAUGAUUAGGGUUGCGGCCUUAAUGAAUAUUUCCGUUCAUAUCUUCUGCAAGUAGGAAAGUGACACUUGUUUGUUGAUUUCAUAGUAUCGUCUUGGACACAAUUGACAUACAACUUGUAGGCCUUCAUCUAAGCUAGCAAAAUGUGGCCUAUUAAGCCUUUUUCUUUUCUAAAAAAUUUUUGCUUUGGGGGGAGAAGCCUUAGAUUCAAGGUCAUACAUCUUUUGUUCACCUUGCAAUCCUGCCAUUCAAGUGUGCAGCAUCUGAGGAUCUCACUUUUUCCUUUUUUUGAGCCAUAGUUUCUAGCCCUUGUGAGCACGGGGGAUGCAUUUGAAAGCAAGGGAAUGGUGUCUUAGGAGAAAUGCAGAAGCAGAUUGCUGCUGCUAGACAGAGGGGUGGUGGGAUGGGGCAAGGGGCUGGACCCCUUCCCUUCACCACUAGCAAAGGUAGGAAAAAUCGUGAGCUUCGCUGGCUCUUUCUCUGGGAGCUGCUUUUCACCCCACCACAAGAGCACUUAGCUCAGAGAUAUGGAAAAAUGAUCUGCCCUAGCAGCAGAAUUGUGAAUAUAAAGUCUGAACGCAGGGUUGUUGCUGUUUUCAUUGUUCAACACACACAAAGAUGUGUGUCUUUCUUUAAUGCACACCGUGGUGACCCGGAUGUGUGUUGUUAUUUUAUUUUAUUAUUUUAUUUUAUUUUUGUGUUGCUGUGGAAAAUCAUGGGGUUUCUCAGAAGCUUUUACAGCAGUUCCCAAAUGGUAAGACUUUCCUGCCUCCCAGGAAGACAAGCUUGCUCACACCGCUAAGCAAUCUUCCCUUGCAGCUUGUAAGAGAACGCCAACCUGUCUUUUCGGUAGAGGGGGUGGCAAGGCCUGGAAAGCCUUGCUGGUGCUCUGUGUGAAAGGGAUGUGUGCCCCACAUCUUCUAUGGCAUGUGGCAUUCCACCUGUCAUUGGGUUCCUCACACACACUCACCGAAUGGAAGAAGGUCCCUGAAGGCAAAGAUCCUGAACGCACACCAAUCCCCGUAAGUUUGGCUCUGUGCACCUGCAGAAAUGGGCACCAGGCAACAGCUUCCUCUGCCACCUUAGCUUCCACUGUUUUGAAAUCAGACGUUAGCUUCUAGCCCUUAAGACUGCAGAGGAAAUAGUCAGCAGCAGGAGAGGUUUCCAGCAGGUAGGGCAUUUGUGUGUCCCACAUAGGCAUUUUAAACCCUCUGUUGUUCCUAGCUGGAAGCAGAACAAAACAUGGAAAACAAACGGGUAUUUGCAAUUUAGUGCAAGAUCAGGUUUUUGUGGGAGGGAGCAGACCUUUUGUAUUAUUUUGCAGGAUGCUUGCAGCCUUGUCUGUUGGAGAUCAGAAGUGCUGGAACAGCACACAGGUGCUGUCUCCAACACUCGAGCCGGCUGCGGAAGUUCUCCGGUUUUGCCACGGAGGGCACCUUGCCCCAUGACUCACUGCUAACACUUGUCAACUCCAGAGAGGUGCUCGUGCAUCAAGCAUCAUUGUGCCAUACUGUAUCCCACCCACCACCACCAAAUGGACACCUGGGCCUCUUGCCAUAAUAACCAAGAAGUAUUACACUUGCUGAUCUAAAUAGGGGACAUCCGUCUGAGCCCUAUCUGCUUGUCAGUGGGGCAGCAUUAUAUGGCCAGGUAGUGGGCAAAAGAGAUCCAGCUACUGCAAAGAGGCUUUUUUUCCAGCCCACCAUAAAGCAGGCAAGUGGAACUGGCUGGAGAAGAGUGUUGCAUUGCCUCAUCUUCAACAUUUUUGGGCGAGGGUGGGGGGUUUGUUUUCAUCCCAGGGGAAGGGUCCCUCAGUCUGCUUGCAGAUUAUGUCUUGUGCAAACCCACUCACCUGCUGUACAGUAUUAUUGUUGCAAGGCAGACACAGAUUUGGAAAUGCAUCUUUGCCCAAGGUAUUAUCCUGACUGGGGCAGGUUUUUUCUCAAGGAAACGCCGUCCGCUUUGGGUCUCCUGGAAUGUAGAUCAAUCUUCCCAGGGAGAAGCCCAGAGACUUUGUAGUACAACCAUCACAGUUUGCAGGCAUUUUCCCAACAAGUCAGACUCUCCCACUGUUUAAAGGACGCCGAUGCACUUUCGAAUCUAGGAUGAUUUUUUUAAAGUGAUUAUUUUCAUGUUUGCCAAAUUAUUUUUUUAGAUGUUCCUGAGAGCAACUCAAUGGCAAUUGUGUAAAAAGCAACAAGGGCCAUUAAGUAGAUGAGCCAUAGUGUGUAUAUGAUGUAACUUAAACAGAUAAAAAAAACCUGUUUAUGAUGUUGAAGUUUCUUUCCUUCUUUUCUGUGUUUUUCCAUACUUCCUGCUUCAGAAUCAGCAUUGUAGGAAAGUCCACCUUCUGAGGUUUGUUAAAUCUAGAACUGUUUUUUUUAUUAUAAUUAUCAUUAUUCUAUUGAGUUCCUUCUCUUAAUUAUUUCGCUAUCAUUUCCAGCAAUAAAAGAAAAAGAACCUUGUUUUUUCUCA